GCGGUAGGGUGCUGCGCGGGCCAUGGUGCAGUUGCGGCCGCGCGCGUCCCGCAUCCCGGCGUCGGCGAUGGUGGACGAGGGUCAUCCCGCCUCCGAGGAGGAGGAGGCGGCGGCGGAGCACGGCCUGUUGCUCGCGCAGCCCAGCAGCGGCGCGGCCGCGGAGCCGCUGGAGGACGACAACGAGGAAGGGGACGACGGGUUCGACGACGAGGCUCCGGAGGAGCUGACUUUCGCCAGCGCGCAGGCGGAAGCACGAGAGGAGGAGCGGCGGGUGCGGGAGGCGGUGCGCAGGGACAAAACACUCCUGAAGGAGAAGCGGAAGCGGCGCGAGGAGCUUUUCAUCGAACAGAAGAAAAGAAAACUCCUUCCAGAGAACAUUCUAGAGAAGUUAACUACAGCGGGACAGAUUGACAUAAAGAAAUCAUCAGGAAAGUUGAAAGAAGCGAAUUUGCAGAAGAAAAAUGAAGACUGUGAUAAAGGAAGUGAUUCCAAGAAAGCUAAAUUCCAGAAAGUACAGUCUGUCGGCCAGAAUAAAAGCUACUUGGCUCUAAGGUUAAAAGAUCAAGAUCUGAGAGAUGCAAGGCAGCAAGCAGCGAAAGCCUUUAUACAGAACUCCUUAUAUGGCCCGGGGACCAACAGAACUACUGUAAAUAAGUUCCUGUCUCUGGAAAACAAGAGGUUACCGGUGAAAAAGGCUGCAGCCCAGUUUCUGAAUAAUACUUGGGGAACUCAGAAAAAACAAAAUGCCAAGAGGUUUAAAAGACGGUGGAUGGUCAGAAAGAUGAAAACUAAGAAGUGAAUCAAAUGAAGUAAAUGAAGAGUGAGACCUUCAACUUAAUAAGCCUGUCAUGAAUUUUGCGGGAAUCAUGAACCGAAGUUUAAGUACUGGGCACAGCCGAGCAUAGCUACUCUGAAGACACGGAUCCUGCAGGGCGGCCCUACAAAAUGUCACAUUUAAUAACUGUG